AUGCACAGCACGCUGCUCCGGUCCUCCCCAACAAAACACACCUUCGUGUCCGAGCACCAUGGCCCGCUCCAGCCGCUUUCACUGAGAGACAUGGAAGCCAAGCAACACCCGAUAAAGAGCCUGAAAAGCUACCCGGAGACCGGCGGCCGGAGUCUGGCAGCGGCCGCCGGAGGAGACGGAGGAGGAGGCGGCGGCGCCGGCUCCGCUGAAAUGGAGAUGGAGACGAAGAUCCAGAAAGCCAUCGACUUCAAGGCGGAGGGUCACCGAUGCUACAAAGAGAAGAAAUUUCGGGAAGCGAUAGGCAAGUACCACCGGGCGCUGCUGCAGCUCAAAGGGGUGCAUGUUGUCGACGGGACGACGGGCUCCGAGGUCAACCUGCUGAGUCAAGCCGCGGCCAAGCUGACCGAGGAGCAGCGGAGAGCCGUGGAGAGCACCGAGAUCGAGUGCUACGACAGCCUGACAGCGUGUCUGUUGCAGUCCGAGCUGGUAAACUACGAGAGAGUGAAGGAGUACUGUCUGAAGGUGCUGAGCCACCAGAGAGACCACUUCAAGGCCAUGUACCGGGCCGGCAUCGCCUUCUAUCACCUGGGUGACUACGAAUGUGCCCUACGAUACCUGCGUGAUGCCAAGAACCGUGAACCCACAGAUACCAAUGUGCUGCGAUACAUCCAGCUGACAGAGAUGAAGAUGAGCAAGAGUGGACAGCGGGAACGAGAGAGCGGCAAAGAGACCCAGGGCUAAACCUUCGACCUUUUCGUCCCCCCCCGACUCCUCCGACCUUUGACCCCUUCGAGCUGUCCUACAGUGACCCUCCCUCUCUUCGCCUCCUCUCCUCCUCUAUUGACUCCUGACAGCAGCACAGACAGAAGAGACCCCAUCGCCCGCCUGUGAUGGACAAAAAUGGGACACAUAUCAAGCGCUGUCUGCAACCCGCCCUCCUCUUUUCCUCCUCUUUGCUCCUCUUUUUCCCCCCAUUUCUCCCUCAGGUGCUGUGGUUCCUCUCCCUAGACGCAGUCAGCAAGCAAACAUUAAAAAAAUGUAAAAAAACAAAAAAAGAAAAAUCCACAAAAAAAAACAAAACAAGGAGGAUGCUGUAUUAUACUCAUAUGAAACCGUCAUUGUGGUGGAAUGAAAAAGGAGCUUCAAAACAUACUUAUGACUAAUGGACAUUUGCGUGAUUUAGUAAAUGUUUUAAACGCAUAAAAUGCAUUUUGUUUCUGCUCUCUCUUUUUCUCUCUCUGCCUUCUCUCUCUCCGUCUUACUUUGAACGCUUUUGAGGAGAAUAUGGGGGUUGGGAAGCUCGACCACACCGGGAGGAGGGCGGGGGGGUGUGUGUUGGUGUGUGCAGGCAGUUUGAAGCAUAAUUAGGGAAUAUCAAUGGGGGUGUGUGUGACACAUAUCAAGACUACAGCCCAAUUUGAUUGUACAUCCAAACCCAACAGGGCUCACUCAGGCCCCUUACCCAGACUAUGGGACAGACUAGCACCAGAAACCUUUCAUCUAGUAGAGAAAAAAAAAAAAAAAAACCUUGCCUCUGUGCUUAAUCUACCACUUGUCUGUCUCACUUUUCUUUCCUGGAACGCCAUGUAUCUCAGUUUCUAGACUGUUUUUUCAAUUCAAGGGCUAAUUCAAGUGUUUGUAAUCCGUCAUUAGGGUUUUUAAUUUGCUGUCAUACUCAGUAGUAAGAGAUCAGCGGUUAAUCGCGUCUGCGUGUGCAGCAAAGAGACACAAUUUUUCCAGCGGUUCUUGCUGUUAAUCAGGUGUGCUAUUGUGGAAACUGGUGUGUCUUGAAUCCGUUGCCCCUCCAGAGUCAUGUUAAUGUUGUCGAGACUGUCGAGGCCUCUCCCUCCCUCCCAUCGACGCCUUCUGUCCUCCCGUUAAUGAUGUCACAACGGAAAAUAGCCAAUGAGAUUGGAGUUCCAUCAACCGCCGUUGGCUCGAUGGAGAUCCGCUCUAAAGUUUCCCGGCAAGAAAAACACUUUGACAAAUCCGAAACGGAGGUCCAACCUUUUAUCGCUAAUGCUGAAGCUUCCCAGACAUCGAUAAGACACCGAGGAGACUCUGGGCAGUGUUAGUGCAGGGAAAACAAUCACACACGCAUCUGUCCUGACAGUCCAAAACCGCCAUCUUGGAGCACUCAGCUUUAGUGCACUUCAACAAGAGCGAGCCAUUUGAGAUUUCUUCGUGCUCACAGUUUAUUGAUAGAUAAAACAUCUCUGAAGAUCGUUGGACUAAAAACACUCAACAUUAGCAUUAGACGCGACUGACGAUAUGGUUUGUGGAUAUCCAUUACUAGCUGUCAAGCGCUGCCGCUGCUUCUCUUGUGACUUGUGAAGCUGAAUCAUUGAUAAUGCAAAUAUUGCUUUUCUAAUAGCUUUACCACGGGCGUAAAUCCGCCUGCCCUGUUCUGCAGAAGGUUGGAUUGAUAAUUUGUGAAAGCAUGACCUGAAUUUCCCUUGUCUCUGGUGCCAUGAAACCCAGUUUCCUCUUUCUCGUGUGCAAGCCCACCUCCUGCAUGUAACGUGCGGCUCCAGAGAGUGACUUCAGAUGUUUUGGAAUGGGGAUUAUAUCUGCUCUAUUGCUUUCUGUCAUGGCAUGCUGCCACUAAGCUGUUUGCUCAUACCUCUGUUUUAUCCAUUCUGCCCUUUAAAAAACACAGAAGGUGGCGACAGACUGUGAUCACAGCAGUAGAAUAGGUAUCAGAUAUUUCUUGAAUUAAAAGGAGGUCUUUAAUAAUUUAGGGUCACCUUCUGGCUUGAGGUGACGGAUUAUUCCACUGCUUAAGAAACUC